AUGCAUAUUGGGCUGAGUAGUGAUAUGGGAGUUGGGCCGAGGUAUAACGUGUUGAAAGACAGGAUACAAUCAGGGGGUUUAGUAUGCCUGUGGUCCAACUACAAUUCCUUGCGGAUGAAGCUCAACAAUAUGUUGGGGAUGACUGGCGGCGGUUGUUUUCCGGCUGCUAAACCACAUGUCCACCUUCCGCUUCUUUUCUCCGGUGGCCUCGUCGGUGAUGAGCCGAAAAUCGAGGUUCAGAUGCUUGUAGUUAAGCGUAUGCUUGUCCCUGGGAACCUUCAACUUGAUCUACAAGCCAUCGGGGACCCAUGGUCAGAGGAGAUAAUCGCCGAGAAACCCACCACCAUCUAUGGAAAAAAAUAA